AUGGAGAGAGUUGCAUUUAUUUCUCUUCUGCUCACAGCUGUUUUCAGUUUAUCGGUUGAAUGUCGAUUUCACUUUGUGAAUCAGAAAAUGAACUGGUAUGAUGCUCAGAGUUACUGCAGAGAGAAUUACACCGAUCUGGCCACCAUCAACAACAUGAAAGACACAGAAGAUCUGCUGAAGAUACCUGCCUCAGAUACUGUCUGGAUCGGACUGAAGAGGACAUGGGAAUACUCAUGGGACUGGUCAGAUGAUAAACUGGUUUUGAUCAGAGAGAAUAAGACGUGGAAAGACGCUCUGCGAUACUGCAGAGAGCAUCAAAUGGAUCUGGUGUCAGUUGAGUCUGAUUGGAUGCAGCGUCGCGUGAUUGAGGUGGUUAAAGACGCCUCCAGCGAGGAGGUGUGGAUAGGUCUACGUCUCUCCUGCACUCUGGGCUUGUGGUUCUGGGUGAGUGGAGAGACCUUGUGCUAUCACAACUGGGCUCCAGGUAACGGCACCGGUCAGGAAGACUGCAGUGUGGGAGUGCGAGCCGGAGUGAUUCAGUCUGGAGGAGAUCAUCGCUGGAUCAGUCUUCCAGAAACUUACCAACUCAACUUCAUCUGCAGCAAAUAUUAAAAGCAGUGAGUGUCUGUGUGUGUUGGGUGAUAGUUAUCAUACAGUCAGAAAUAUCACAAUGUUUCAAGCUUUUUCUUGUCUUUUACACUCUUAUCAUGUUUUUAUUUGCAGUUAAAUGAUGUUCAUU